AUGUACUGUGAAGCCGCCAAUCACUGUUGCAAGGUGGCCUCUGCCUGGGACCCCCGGAAGCUGCUCCUGUACCCUCUUGGUCUCCUGACUGAAGCUGGAGCAGCCGAGGCCACCUGCACGUGGAGUGGAGCUCUCCCCUCCUGCUGGGGAGAGUUGACAUUCAGGGAUGUGGCCAUAGAAUUCUGUCAAGAGGAGUGGGAAUGCCUGGAUUAUUCUCGGCAGCAUUUGUAUAGGAACGUGAUGUUAGAGAACUACAGAAACCUGCUGUUCCUAGGUCUUGGUGGCUCUAAGCCAGACUUAAUUAUUUAUCUGGAGCAAGAAAAAAAGCCCUGGAAUGUAAAGAGACAGGAGACAGUAGCCAAACACCCAGGUAGGUGGGAGUGA